CCACCACAUCACCACCACAUUCCACUUCGACUACCGACACAUUGCACAGCCUGCCUGCCUCGACAACAUCUCUUUAGACUUCUCUCUCUCUUGCAUUGCAUUCCAACAACUCUGAAUAGUCGACACACCGACAACACUGUACACACUGAACGAAUAAAAGCGACGUGCACGGCUCUUGCUCCUGCGUUCGCAUAGUAUCCUACGCUCCAUCGCGUCGCCGUCACCAUGACGCCAAGAUGGAAGUAUGUGGGCGGUGCCCUCGGUAUCCUGGUCGGACUCCACCUGCUCCUCUCCCUACACUCAGAUUACAGAAGCCAUACGGCGGGCCUGCUGCCGUCGUCGUGGACAAAGUCGGGGGCGGGCUCAUCAGGAAGCGAAGACCAGGCGAUUGGUAGCUGGCACAGCAGCGAGCUCCCACCUGAAGGCGCGAUCCCCCAGAUGCCGUCCUCGGAUGAUCUGCGCCUGGCAAAGGACAAGCUCAAAGACAGGCGCCGAGCCAAGGCGGUCAUCUUUUCGCUUGCACGCAACUCGGACUUGUACGACCUGCUCUCGUCUAUGAAGCAGAUGGAGGACCGCUUCAACCACUGGGCGCAGUACGACUACAUCUUCCUCAACGACGACGACUUCACGGACGAGUUCAAGGAGAAGACGUCGGCGCUCACGAGCGCCAACUGCAAGUAUGGCAAGAUUGACCCCGACCACUGGCACCAGCCCGACUGGAUCGACGAGGAGAAGGCCACUGCUGCGCGCAAGGAGAUGACCCGCAAGAAGAUCAUCUACGGUCACUCGGUGCCCUACCGCAACAUGUGCCGCUUCAACUCUGGCUUCUUCUUCCGUCACCCUCUCCUCGACGAUUACGACUACUACUGGCGCAUGGAGCCCAGCGUCAAGUACUUCUGUGACCUCGACUACGACCCGUUCCUUCUCAUGCAGGACCAGGGCAAGCAGUACGGCUUCACGCUCUCGCUGUACGAGUACAUUGAGACGAUCCCUACGCUGUGGAACGCCACCAAGGAGUUCAUCCAGCUCCACCCAGAGUACGUUGCCGAGGGCAACUCGAUGGGCUUCCUGUCGGACGACGGCGGCGAGACGUACAACAAGUGCCACUUCUGGUCCAACUUUGAGAUCGGAGACCUCAACCUCUGGCGUUCGGACGCGUACAUGAAGUACUUCGAGUUCCUCGACCAGAAGGGCGGUUUCUACUACGAGCGCUGGGGCGACGCUCCCGUCCACUCUAUUGCCGCGUCUCUGUUCCUCCCCAAGGAGAAGAUUCACUGGUUCGAUGACAUUGGAUACAGGCACGACCCCUUCCAGCACUGCCCGCAGAACGAUGCGCAUAAGCGCGGCAAGUGCUGGUGUAACCCGGCCGACACCUUUGACUUUGAGAGCUACUCCUGUACCCAGAAGUGGAUCGACAUCUUCCCCAAGCCGUAGUUGGUUGACCCAGCUGCGGCGCGAGUCGUGCAUCAUGUGUACCAUAUGUCACCACUAUCAUACCAAUACCAGCCACGAUGCAACGAGUAGUAGAGG